CAGAGCUCCCUGAAGAUGUCUGACUUAUAUUGCUUUAAACUAUCUGGACAUUUGCUGUUUAACUGCUGAAGCUUCUCUACCAUUUGUUUUUCUCCUGAAGCCUUAGUCUUUUGAGGGAUCGGAACUGGCUGCUAUGGAAUUAAGACCAAGUAAAACAUGAGAAGAUGUAUUCAAGAUGAUCCAGCCCGAAGAUUUUUCACUUCAUAGGAAUCUUAUUUUUGUUUAAUAUGUAAUAUAAUUUGACAAAGCCAAGUUCAAUUACUUACCUUGAAAUUAAGGCGCACCUGUGGCCUUCAUCAGAAAUGUUUCUAACAUUUUCAAGAAAAAAUAUGUCCCAGAAACUGAGUAUGUUUUUACUAGUUUUUGGAAUCAUUUGGGGUUUGAUGUUGCUACGCUACACUUUUCAGUAUCCAAGACGCCAAAGCAGUGCCGAGUUGCGUGGACAGAUAUUAGAUCUAAGUAAAAGAUAUGUCAAAGCACUGGCAGAAGAAAAUAAAAAUUUAAUGAAUGGUGGCGGUGGAGCCUCUAUGGCAGGAUAUG